AUGUCUUUCAUUACCAGGAACAUACUCGGGCUCCCAGCCAAAAGAAAUUUCACGACUUUGACAUCGUUUUCACCACUAAGAUCAGGUAUCAUUCGUCCAUCGGCAUUGCAGACCAACAGCACAAUUGGCUCCGAAGUGACAGGAUCCGCUUUCCCCGGUUAUCUAAACAUGCUGAUUGGUUUGACCCAAAGAAGAUGGAAGAGUAGGGGAAACACUUAUCAGCCGAGCACGUUGAAGAGAAAGAGAAGGGUAGGUUUUCUCGCGCGUGCUAAGAGUAAGCUAGGAUACAAGGUCUUGAAAAGACGUCGGGAGAAAGGCAGAUGGUACUUGACGCAUUAG